GCCUCCGGUGCUUCUCGCCCGAGCAAGAAAGUUUUCAGCGAGGAAAGUAAGUUUCCAUCUGUCCAGCCAUGGGAGAGGACGCUGCACAGGCAGAAAAGUUCCAGCACCCAAAUACAGACAUGCUCCAGGAGAAGCCAUCCAACCCCAGUCCAAUGCCUUCCUCCACACCGAGCCCCAGCCUGAAUCUGGGGUCCACAGAGGAGGCCAUCCGAGACAACUCACAGGUGAAUGCUGUCACCGUGCACACUCUCCUGGAUAAAUUGGUCAACAUGCUGGACGCCGUGAGGGAGAACCAGCACAACAUGGAGCAGCGGCAGAUCAACCUGGAGGGCUCGGUGAAGGGCAUCCAGAAUGACCUCACCAAGCUCUCCAAGUACCAGGCCUCCACCAGCAACACAGUGAGCAAGCUGCUGGAGAAGUCUCGCAAGGUCAGCGCUCACACGCGUGCUGUUCGGGAGCGCCUAGAGAAGCAGUGUGUACAGGUGAAGAGGCUGGAGAACAACCACGCUCAACUCCUCCGACGCAACCACUUCAAAGUGCUCAUCUUCCAGGAAGAAAGUGAGAUCCCUGCCAGUGUGUUUGUGAAGGAGCCAGUUCCCAGCACUGCAGAAGGCAAGGAGCUUGCUGAUGAGAACAAGUCCUUGGAGGAAACUCUGCACAAUGUGGACCUCUCCUCCGAUGACGAAUUGCCCGGUGAUGAGGAAGCCCUGGAAGAUAGUGCAGAAGAGAAGAUGGAGGAAAGCAGGGCAGAAAAGAUAAAAAGAUCCAGCCUCAAGAAAGUGGAUAGCCUCAAGAAAGCAUUUUCUCGCCAGAAUAUCGAGAAAAAGAUGAACAAGCUGGGAACAAAGAUCGUAUCUGUUGAGAGGAGAGAAAAGAUUAAGAAAUCGCUCACUCCCAACCACCAGAAAGCAUCAUCUGGGAAAAGCUCCCCCUUCAAGGUUUCUCCCCUUUCCUUCGGUCGGAAGAAAAUCCGAGAGGGAGAAAGCUCUGCAGAAAAUGAGACCAAACUGGAAGAGCAGGUGCAGGACGACCAUGAGGAGGGCUCGUUCACAGAAGGUCUUUCUGAAGCAUCCCUCCCCAGCGGCCUGUUGGAGGGCAGCGCAGAAGAUGCUGAGAAGUCAGCAUUGAGAGGGAACAACUCAGGCGUGGGCAGCAAUGCCGAUCUGACCAUUGAAGAAGAUGAAGAAGAGGAGUCGGUGGCCCUGCAGCAGGCCCAGCAGGUGCGCUAUGAGAGUGGCUACAUGCUCAACUCCAAGGAGAUGGAGGAAUCCAGUGAGAAACACGUCCAGGCGGCUGUGCUGCAUGUGGAUCAGACUGCCUGAGUGCACAGCCCGAAGACUGGGCAAGCUGCACUCAGCAGCUCGCUCAGGUGCAUCCACAUCGUGGAAGCCACCUCUGGAACCCUUCAUCUCUACCUGCUCCCGACUGGGACCGUCCAGGCCUUAAUCACUAACCAUACAGUAGCCUCGGACAUACAUGGGAUCACAGAAGCAAACUGCCAGGGAUUCCAUUUCUAAUUUGCUCGUAGGUUCUAUUUCUGUAGAAUUUCUCCAAGAUUUUAAGAAGAAAGAAAUGGAGCAGUUUUUAAAAAAAAUCGACUAUCUCUUUGGCUUAGUCAGAAAAACUAGAGGCUAUUUAAGGUAGUAGUUAUAAAAAGUGAUUUUUUUUUUUUUUGCUCGUUCUAUCAGCUUGCUGAAUAGUGUGGCAGUAAUGUAGUGAAUUCCUACUGUAUUCUGUGAAUGAUUAUUCUUCAAGUAUGUGGUAUGGAACAUACAUAAGUCUGUAGGCUGAGAAUAUAACUAUUUUAAGAAGAAAACAUUUACAAAAGAUAGAGCAGAAGGGUCAGUUGGUUAUUCUCUUACAGAAACCAUUGUUUAUUGGAAGGGGGCUGAAAGACUGUGCUGACGGGGAGCUAAUAGCACUGGGACUGCUGAGGUAGAAAACUAAGAUGGAAAGAUUGGAAAGUGAGAGAAAUGGAGGACGAAGAAUGGCAAAAAGUGACGACAAAGAGGAAAAAAGACGUGCUUAAAAAGUGAAAUACUGGGGCUGGAGAUUUAGCUCAGUGGUUGCCUAGGAAGCGCAAGGCUCUGGGUUCAGUCCCCAGCUCCGAAAAAAAGAACC